UUCUGAAUUCUUCCUCCAAGGGAGAUCAGGAGGUUCCCUUAGGACAAUGGUACUGCCUUUGUACAGGCCUGGAGGAUAAGGCUCUCCUCAGACCUCCUUGGGGACAUCUGGACUGAGAGCCGGUCUGUCCCUGCUGCUCAGUGUGUGAGGCUGGGGCUGUGGUGGCGGGUGAGCAUCCCAGCUGCUGACAGUGCAGCCUCCCUUCUGAGCUGAGCAUAGGCAUUUUGGGAAAUCCCUUAAUACCUCUAUUCUGUGCAGGCGUAUAUAGGGAGGGCCAGAACGCUAGCUCUCCACUGCACUGCCCAGAGGCCCCUGCCUGACUCACUGCCAGCCUUCGGUCCCUGCGUUGCCAAGAAGAACAUGGACGUCACCAUCCAGCACCCUUGGUUCAAGCGCGCCCUGGGGCCCUUCUACCCCAGCCGACUCUUCGACCAGUUUUUCGGCGAGGGCCUUUUUGAAUAUGACCUGCUUCCUUUCCUGUCUUCUACCAUCAGUCCCUACUACCGCCAGUCCCUCUUCCGCACGGUGCUGGACUCUGGAAUCUCCGAGGUCCGAUCUGACCGGGAUAAGUUUGUCAUCUUCUUGGACGUGAAGCACUUCUCUCCUGAGGACCUCACUGUGAAGGUACUGGAGGACUUCGUGGAGAUCCAUGGCAAGCACAAUGAGAGGCAGGAUGACCAUGGCUACAUCUCCCGCGAGUUCCACCGUCGCUACCGUCUGCCUUCCAAUGUGGACCAGUCCGCCCUCUCCUGCUCCCUGUCUGCGGAUGGCAUGCUGACCUUCUCUGGCCCCAAGGUCCAGUCCGGCUUGGAUGCUGGUCACAGUGAGAGGGCCAUUCCUGUGUCGCGGGAGGAGAAGCCCAGCUCGGCCCCCUCGUCCUAAGCAGGCCUUGCCUUGGUUUGUCCCCUGAGGCCCCUGACCCAGGGGCCACAGCAGAGUCUGCCUUCCCACCUUCCUUUCUUUCUCUUUGUUCCCUUUCCAUUUCCUCAGAGGGUUGAGGGUUUGAGAGAGUGCCUUCGAGAGCUUGGGGUCUUGGCCUGAGGUGCUGCGGGUUCAGGGUGACCCAGGCUCAACACCAGCCGGUUGGAGGGAAUGAUGGCAUUGAACUCUUGAGAUGUGACCUGUCCUCCUGGAAUGUGGCGUCUGAGCUCUGCUCCAAAGGCAGAGUGGGUGGUGGCUAACCAACUCUGAGAGCCCUCUGCCGAGCCCCUGGAUGUGCUGGGCUCCGACCGCCGACUUCUCUCAAGCCCUCUUCCUGAGA